UUAAAAAUAAGUAAUUUUGGUAUAUGUACCAAUUUGAUUGGUAUGACUGUUGAUAAGGUUAUACAUAUUUAGAAUCAAAACACCCCCAGGUGGAUUUUUCCACAAAAGACCGUCAAGUUUAUUUCCAUGAGCGAAUUAAAGUGAGUAAACUACUGGAGGUUGAACAGCUGAUAACUAAAGCCGGGCAGAUACCUGUACAGUCGACAGGCCAAUGCUCAUUAUUGAAGAUCAACUGGAACUGGCAUAUCGUGCGGUUACAAUGUUUUUCCAAGCAGCAAAGCAAUAACCAUCGACUGAGAACUGCUUUUGAUAGCUUGCGAUUCCGAGUAAUCAAAUACCGCGUUAGAAGCAGGUGGUUCUGGUUUUGAUCUAAGCCGUUUAGUCGUUGCCCUAGCUCGGGUCUGAUCAGAAGCACCCGAAAAUUCCCUGCCAACAACGAUGGAUCUCAUCACGCAGCUGCCGCUGAUUGUGCUUUUUUUGGUUUCGAUCAUGUUCCUGUACUUGAAGUUGCUCCAAUGGAAGUACCGAUAUGCCGAAAGUAUCCCCUUCGGAGGUUUUACCCGGUUUCCAUUUUUCAAAAAUGAUUACAAGCUGAUUUUUUCGAAUUCGGUCGAGAAGUUUUCCAUUUUUGCCGAGGGUUUUUCGACCCAAAACGAUCGUCUUUCGAAAGCGUGGAUUGGACCGUUCAUGUUUUUCGGAACCAGCCAUCCGGAUCUGGUGCAGGCCAUAUUGAACGAUCCGAACUGUUUGAACAAACCGUUUAUUUACGAUUUUCUGCGGAUGCAAAAUAGUCUGCUGGGCGCUAAGCAUGAUCGAUGGAAGGUGCAGAGGAAACUGCUGAACCCAACGUUCAACUUGCGCAUUUUGCACAGCUUCAUACCGAUUAUGGAAAAAGGUUCGCGCAAGUUGGUGCAAACACUGGGUCAAAUCGAGGGCACAUUUGACAUACUGGAGUACAUCUGUCGGUGCAGUUUGGAGAUCACGUCCCAGGCUGCCUUCGGGGAGAAUUAUUUGACCGAGCAGCAAGUCAGCGAUCUGGUGAAGCACCUGAAGCGCUACUUUACGCUGACCUCGCACCGAAUGCUGCAGGCGCACCUCUUUCCGGACUUUAUCUAUCGGUUUACCGACCGAUAUCGACAGGAGAUGGAGUCGCUCAAAUAUGGCGAAAAGGUUGCGUAUGCGGUUUUAGAGAAAAGGAAAAAGGCCCUGGAAACCAAGCUUCAAAGCAAACCGGAAGAGGUCGACGAGGACACGAUCAAGGUACACAAACCGGACAUCUUCAUGGACCAGAUGCUGAUGGUGGCCCACUCGCUGACGGAGCAGGAAAUCGUCCACAACACCUUGGUCGUUCUCGUUGGGACGAGUGACACUACCGGCUACACCCUAUCCUUCGUCAGUCUCAUGAUGGGAAUGUUUCCGGAGCAUCAGGAUCACCUGUACCGGGAGAUAAUGGAGCACUUUCCCGAUGAAACGGAACCAUUCGAAAACGACAUCGAAUUCGUGGUAGACCGGCUUAAGAAGAUGACCUUCAUGGAGAUAUUCCUAAACGAGUGUAUGAGGUUAUGUCCGGUUGGACCGCUGAUUUUGCGUCAGAGUCAUGGUCCUGUGAAGUUGGACGACGUAACGAUUCCGUCGGGAAAUAUAUUGGCCAUUUCUAUUUGGGCACUCCAUCGAAGGAAGGAAUUUUGGGGUCCCGAUGCGGAUGAAUUCGAUCCGGAACGAUUUUCGCCGGAACGAGCGAAGGGUCGGCAUCCGUACGCCUUUAUACCUUUCAGUGGAGGUUCGCGAAAUUGCAUCGGGGCUCGUUAUGCGAUGAUCAAUAUGAAGAUCUUGCUCAUAUUUUUGGUGCGAGCAUUCCGGUUCCACACCGACAUUCGCUUCAAAGAUAUGAGGUACGAAUUUGGAGCCACGCUUAAACUUUUCGGGGGCCAUUUAGUUAGGCUUGAACCGAGAUAAGUAUUGUUCCCUUGUGGCUGUAACCAAAGUAUCAAUGUAAAUGUAUUAUUUAAAAAAAUAAAUGAGUUCUUACUAAAAUAAUUAACUAUGGAAUAAAAAAAA